AAAACCAUUGGUUGAUGAUAAUGGAGUCUCGCUAGUGAUCUUACAGCUUCUUUUCAUUAUAGUAUAACAGCUCAAAUUGAUUCAAGCAGCAUUACUCCCGCAUCCUUCUGCUAUUGCGAAACCAGCUCAUCUGCUUUCCCUUGUUCAACCUCCAUCAUUGCAAGACCCUUAAAGUUUAUUCUUGUUACAAUGCCUCCUUCACUCGCAGUUGGAGAGUUUGCAAAAGCUCCUCCCAAUGCCAGCAGAAGUCCUUGUCCCGUUGUGAACGCUCUUGCAAACCAUGGCUAUCUUGAGCGCAGCGGACGUGGUAUUUUCAUGGACGAUCUCAAUGCUUCAAUGAAACAUGUUGGCAUGAGUCCCCUCCUCGGCUCUGUCUUUGCUAUUCCGACCUACUUCGAGUACCAAAACCCAGCCAAAGCAUACAUGAAAAAGCCUGUCAGCACAUGGCAAAGAAUUUGGUCACUCAUCAAGAACCCUUAUUCCUUCUUUGACUAUUUUGGCUGCUGGAAUGCGAACCAGAUUAGUGAUGGCAAGAAGUAUCUCAAUCUUGUUGAUCUUGCUUCUCACGGUGCUAUCGAGCACGACAUCUCUCUGUCAAGACGAGACAUUGCUCAGAAGCAAGGAAACAAUGAUCCUCAACAAGAUUUGAUCGAAGAAAUGUUGGACUAUUCUUUUGAUGGCGAAACACUCACUAUUGAAGACCUUGGAAGGUUUAUCAAAGCUCGGAUUCAACGUCAACUGGAGGACAAUCCAGAGUUGGUUUAUGGACCGGCUGAACAUCAGGUUAACUGCGGCCAAAUCGCACUGAUGAUGGGCUGUUUUGGAGAUGGAAAGACGAUCCCCGUCAAGUAUGUCAAAGCUAUCUUUGAGGAUGAGAGACUACCUAUCGAGGAAGGCUGGAAGAGGAGAUCAUGGUGGACAAUGGGACUUGUCGAGUUCUUUGGCGCUGUGAAGAAGUUGGUCAAUGCUGUUGGCGUGGAGUUUUAGUUGUCAUGUUAUUGGCCGCGUUGUUAAUUUACAAGGGUAUACAGGUUUUAUUCUACUUGUGAGUAGUAAGUUGAUUGAGAAAAUAAUCAUAACUUCAAUCAUGAUAACCUGUAGGGGGUUGAAUGAGCUCGCAUGUAACAGGCUCCUUCGCAAGAUGUUGAUUAAAUCGUAAUUAUCUAAGAAAGGCAUUUAUAAUUUCCAGUACUCCGUAGAUCUCGAGAGAAUCUCCUCGGAUAGCAUUGUUCAUACUCCAUCAUGGUCAAGAUGGCCUCAAUUUCGGACGCUUGUUAGUGGGCCUCAGUUUCUUUCAGAGAAAAAUGGACUUUUGAAAGGAUACCAUGUUUCUGAAAGGUCGA